AUGGUAGAUGAAACAAGUGGAUUUCACCAUAUUGAAUUUCAUACAAUACAGCCCAAUCAUACACUUGAUGUACUCGUACGUAUAUAUGGUUUUCAAAUAAUUGCUCAACGUACUACAUUAAAUUAUUCUCAAUGGUUUCUUAAAUCUUAUGAAUGUCAAUUAUUAAUUUCAUCUGUAUUAAAUUCAGAUCUAAACGAUGAAAUCAUUUUAACUAACAACUAUUAUGAUAUUUUAACUCCAAUAAUUCGUAACUCAACAACUCGUGAUUUGAUUCUUGAUCGUGAUACAGUGUUCAAUAUUGCCCUUCAUGUUAAAUCUAUUCAAUCGAUUCUCGAUAAGAAUUCAGAUGUGCAAGUACUCGUAUCGCUUCGACAGGCCAUCGAUGAAUAUGGAUCGAUAGAAUAUGCUUGUAUUAAAUCAUGCAUUGGAAAUGUGAUUCAUACAUUGAUUGAUGCAUCUCAAUAUUUAGGGCCCUGUCUACCAGGUUUUACACAAGUAUCAAUCUCGAAACAAGACGGAUUUACUCCGUUGAUGAUUCAUGGCAUUGAUCAUAUUGCAUUUGCUGUGGAAAAGCAUUCAGCAUUAUCAAGUAUUGCUUGGUACGAAAAAGUGUUCGGUAUGAAACGGUUUAUAGUUAAUCGAGAGGACGAUCCAUUUCAAGGAUUUACUGUACGUCUUGGUACAGUCGGUAUGCGUCUAUUCGCUAGUGAAUUUUGGAAAUGUGCUGAAACAGCUGUUGUCAACGAGAAAAAGUCAAAUGUAAAAUUGGUUUUUGGUGAAUCGUUGAUAGAAAAUGGUUCUGGUUCAUCAGAUCAAAUAACAACUUUUAUACGUAAACACAAAGGUCAAGCUGGUAUUCAACACAUUGCGUUCACGUGCGUCGACAAUAUAAAACAUGUUGUACUUAUAGCAAAAGCAAAUGGUGCUCAGUUUCUAUCUCCCUUAGCCGAUUACUAUCGACAAGAAAAUAACGGUCGUAAGAUUGAAGAAGCUGGCGAAAAUGUUAGUGAACUAGCUGAAUUAGGAAUUCUAUUGGAUGAUGAAGCUGAUGAUUGUAAUAGAUUAUGUUCAAAUAAAAGAAUUCUCUUACAAAUCUUUACAAAAUCAAUUUUUAAUAAUGAUACAUUCUUUUUGGAAUUUAUUGAGAGACGUGGUGCAACAGGUUUCGGUGCUGGAAAUAUUCGAAUUUUGUGGAAAAUUGUUCAACAACAAAUCAAUGGUGAAACAUAG